ACUUCAGCCGGUAUGCUGGGUGCCACGCUUCUGAUGCUGGCCUUGCUCCUGGGGACCUCCGCCUCGCCCAGUGGGCCACCUGUAUCCGCCUUCCCGGUGGCGCCGGGGCCCUGGCUGCGCAGACCCCUUUUCAGUCUGGAGCUGUCGGACGCGGAGGACGCCUUCCCGCGCCGCGCGGGGCCGCUCGAGGUGCCCGCGGACAGCCGCGUGUUCGUGCAGGCGGCCCUGGCCCGACCCUCCCCGCGCUGGGGCCUGGCCCUGCACCGAUGCUCAGUGACACCGUCCUCGCGCCCGGCCCCGGGGCCGGCCUUGGCGUUGCUGCGCGAGGGCUGCCCCGCCGACCCUGCGGUCACCUUCCCGCCGCCGCCGCCGCGCCCGGGCGCUGCCCGCCCCGCGCGCUUCAGCUUCCGCCUGCGCCCGGUGUUCAACGCCUCGGUGCAGUUCCUGCACUGCCAGAUGAGCCGCUGCCGCCGCCUCCGGGGAGCCCGCCCGGCGCCCGCGCCUCUGGCGCCGUCUCCGUCGCCCUCGCCGUGCCUCCCGCAGGACGAGGCGUGCGCGGGCUCGCGCGGGGGCAGCGGCGAGGGCCUGGGUGCGGACAGCCCGCACCUGCACACGCUGACGCAGCCCAUCGUGGUCACCGUGCCGCGGCCGCCCCCCAGGCCACCCAAGGGUGUCCCCGGCAAAGUCGUGCGACCGGAGCCACCUGCUCUGGCCCCGGCGGCCCUGGAGCCGGCGCCGGUGGUGGCGCUCGUGUUGGCUGCUUUCGUGCUGGGCGCAGCGCUGGCUGCCGGGCUCGGCCUUGUCUGCGCGCAUUCAGGGUCCCCGCCCCCCGGCCUGCCCCCAAGAGCACCGCCCAGUGGCCCCCAGCCCAGGAGGCACCAGUGAGACAGGUGUGAUGUGCCCCCAGGAGGGUCUGGAGACAAAUCAG